GAAGAAGAAGAUGCUGAUGAAUCAGUAGAAUUUGUAGAAGAAGAAGAAGAAGACGACCUCAUCACGACAGCGGUAUAUUGACUUUGUGCGUGGCACUAUUGCAGCAUUUGCAACGGAGUGACUGUGGCAGAGCGAAAGAUGAUGUGACAACACAAGGUUCUCCUCCUCAGUCCAGUUUGUCUUCCUUUCCACCUGAAAUUUUCAUAACUGAACACCACGAGUAAGAGGGCUUUGGACUGCAGUCAAGAUUUGAAUUGGCAGAGCUGAAACGUGCUGACAGGAAGAAAAGCAACUGGAGGACGUUAACUUUCGUUGAUAAGCCGCUGAAAUGAGUUCAUCAGAAGAGGUGAAACAGACCGAUGUGAGCAGAACUCAAUGUCAGAAGUGUCAGAAGUCUUUCAGUCGGAUCUGUAGUCUAAGAAGACACGAACUCACUCACACUGCAGAGAGACUGUACCACUGCGGACAGUGUGACAGCAGUUUCAGCCAACAAAGUGCAUACAAGCUACACUUGCAUACACAUGCUGAAGAAACACCAUACUGCUGUGACCAGUGUGGAAGGAAUUUCAGCAGUCAGAGUUUAUACAGAAAACACUUGCGUGAUCAUACUGGACCAUACCAGUGUGACCAGUGUGAAAAGACUUUCAUUUACUUUAGUAUUUACAAGAUACACAUGCGUGUACACACAGGAGAGAAACCAUACUGCUGUGACCAGUGUCCGAAGAGUUUUAGUUUUUUAAGUUCAUACAAGCGGCACCAGCUUAGCCACAGUGGAGAAAAGCCAUAUCAGUGUGACUUUUGCGGAAAGAGUUUCACUCAGUCAGGGCAUUUCAGUCUGCAUCUGCGUAAUCACACUGGAGAAAAACCAUAUGAGUGUGACCGAUGUGACAAGAGUUUCAGUGACUUGAGUAGCUAUAAAAUACACUUGCGUGUCCACACAGGAGAGAAACCAUACUGCUGUGACCAGUGUGGGAGGAGUUUCUCUCAGCUAGGUAAUUACAAAUCACACAUGCGUAUCCACACUGGAGAAAAACCAUUCCGCUGUGAACUAUGUGACAAAAGUUUCUCUAUUUCAAAAACAUAUAAACAACAUGUGCAUACCCAUACUGGUGAGAAGCCAUACCAGUGCAAAGAAUGUGGGAAAGGUUUUGGUCGGCUAAGCAACUACGUGCGCCACCUUCGUAUCCACACUGGAGAGCAACCAUAUAAAUGUGACCAAUGUGGCAAAUGUUUCAACAGUUCAUAUAGUUACAGCAGACAUCUGCGUGUCCACACUGGAGAGAAACCAUACUGGUGUUCACAGUGUAAGAGACUUUUUACCCGAUCACAAUCCCUAAAGAAGCACCGCUGUGUUGAAAUAGAUGAAGAGAGUUUGACCCUUUGUAGCAAAGAAGUACAGUUUAGCUGCUCAGCAGAUACACCAAAUGACAACCAACAAUAACCAUUAAAAUAAAUCACACAGUGCAUGUUCAUGCUAAUGAAGAAAGGUGUUACCCCAUGCAAGGGUGUGACUCAGUGUUGUUUUAAUAGUUUUUGGACAGCAGAGGAGUAAGACUUGUCUGGUUUUGGAUAUAUAUGUAAUAACUGCGUUUUUAGAAUAGGCACAUUGUUAGAUUCAGUCUUUCCCAAGGACAUAAAGAAAAAUGUAGCAUAUAUGUCACCAAACGUAUUCUUAACUACACCUCUAGGAACAAGAAUAUGGAACUUGAACCACUGAGACACAGAAAGAACCUGAUGAUUCCAAAGGUGGCAUUUUUUUAGUGUGAGCACAAGGGUUUACCCCCAGUGUCCCUGUUAAGGCUGGUUUUCAUAACCUUUGUCAACCAGUCACACGUGCUCAUAUUCUGAGAAUACAUUGGGAUCCUGUAGACUCAUUGAAACACCUCUUGCAGCAUCACAGACAGGAAGCUAAAAUAUUUUUCUUGCAGUGAUGCAACGUCAAAUUGCUUCCAUUGACAAUUUUUGCCCAUUCAUGCAGUACAGUAAUAGUGAGGUCAGGCUCUGAUGUUGGACGAAAAGGCCUGGCUCACAAUCUCCAUUCCAGUUUGAUGGGGUUGAGGUCAGGACUUUGGCGGGCCAGUCAAGUUCUUCCACACCAAACUCAUCUGGCCAAGUCUUUAAGAACUUUUCAUUGUGAACAGCGGCACACUCAUGCUAGAAUAAAUAAAGCAUUUCCUGAAAUUGUUGUCACAAAGUAUAGCAUUGUCCAAAAUGUUGUUGUAUGUUGAAGCAUUAAGAUUUCUCUUCACUGCAAGUAGGGGUCCUGGCCCAACCCCUGAAACAGCCCCAUUCGAAUAGGUAAUUGACUGGAAAAAAUCCAUAUCAUGAAUCUCUACAAUGUUUAUUUGAAUGCAUUGAAGUUAAAUGCAGUAAUGGAUAUGUGUGAAGUCUAGUUUUGGGAUUAUUGUCAAUCUUUUUGGUCUCCUAUAUUCAAAGUUAUGUAAUAUAUUAAAGAAUAGAUGGAAGUGGAAAGUAUGUUAUCCCGAUGCUUUUGUUUUGUCCAACCCACUGCAUGUUUAAUUUGUUUACCCUGUCUCUUUUUGGAUAGCACUAUGUAGUUGUUUUAAUAGACUGUUGUUGAUCAUGGUCGUUCUAAAAUGCAACUUACACUUACAAUUGGAAACAUUUGAAACAAGACAAAUUUUAAUUGAUAGCUGGAUUGAAAAACUGUUAUCAUGUUAUCAGUUGCAAAUAAUCCACAUGCAGAAUGCUAGCAGUGAAAACAGUACACUCAUAAUUACUACUUUGUAUGUAGUGUAUAUUGGACUGGUGAUACUAUGGAGGAUGAAAAAUUUUUACCAAUAUACAAAGAACAUAUGAACACCCGCUAUAUGAGUACAGUUCAUUUACCAUUUACACUACUAAUGUUAAGAAAUGGUUGUAUUAAAGUCUGGUGUUGGUCUCAACUUGUACAUCAAUCUGAAUUGAUUAUAAUUAAUUUGUCAAAGCAAUGAAAAAAAUAAUCCUGGGACCUGUGCUGUGCGGGCCAGGUAAACAAUGUUAAUUGGUAACAAUAGUGUCGUCUUGGUUAUGAAAGAGACAUCCUCGAUGGCAAAGGUCACUACUUGUAAAAUGUGAAUGUGCAAAAGAUAUUACUACAUGGGCUUGGUAAUGUAAAACUUGUUGGUAAACAAUUUGUUUGCAAAUGUU